AUGCACAGUUCUGCUUUCAGCCAUACCGAACCUAUGACUCUAGGUUCUCCUCCAAUAAACUCAGUUGGUACAGGGUCAAGUACUUCUCCGGGCACUUGCCAAUAUCUUCCAGGAUUUUUAAUGAGUGAAAAUCCACAGAUCUUAGAGACGGUAUCAACAAGCUCAGAGUCUAAAGUUUCACGCCAAAAUGCAUUUUCAUCACUUUCUGGAAAUUUACAAAAUAUACCAGCUUCUCAGUAUAACAACAAAUUGCAACCACGCUAUUUAAGUCAAGCACAUGAGUCAAUUGGACGUCGUUUAACAUCACCUCCUACACGAAGUAUGUGGUCAGCCGUUGGUGGUGCUGGUGUCCGUACAAAGCCUAGCUCAGACAAUUUCGGUGGAAUAAAACACAGUACACCAAAUUACACUGUUGGUUCAUCGGCGAAUCCUCCUGUAAAACAAAUAGGUGUUAGUCCUUUUCAAUCGCCGGGUGAUCCUAGUUAUCAUCGAACACCUUUGCAUAACGUUGUCAAUAAUCGCCCACCUUUAGUUGGGUCACCACUCCAUAAUAACAGUAUUCUUGUAAAUCUAAACGAUGGGAAUAAGAAGCAAGAUGGUAUUAGUACACCUGAUCGUUUAGCGGAGGCUUUGCUUUCACAUCGAAGUCCAAACGAUUUAGAUAAUGCGAAUCCACAUGAUUGUUGGGUAACUGUUUUCGGGUUCCCUCCAUCACGAGCUGCAUUUAUUCUUAACCAGUUCGCUCAAUUGGGUACAAUAGAAAAACAUGUGAUCACAAACAGUGGUAAUUGGAUGCAUAUUAAAUAUCAAAAUAAAAUGCAAGCUCAUUGUGCUUUAAAUAAAAAUGGCAAAGUAUUCGGGGAUAAUACCAUGGUCGGUGUAUCAGUCUGUACCGAUUCUCAAGUUAUGGAUGAUGAUAAGUGUGGUUUGUUUUUGAAGCAAACAAACCCAUGUAGUGUAAAUGAUUCCUUAUUCCUUAGUCCAUCAAAUGGUCAUCAUAAUCCAAUGAAUAUGAAACGUACUAUGGAUGAAAACUGUAAAACAACAACUGGUGCAAUGAAUAAAACACCGUUACGUGAUUUAAGCGGAAUAAGGUCGUUGAAUGGUGUCGGCGGUGUUGGUAAUGGUGCGACCAGUUCUGGCACUGAUUCUGCUAAUAUUUUUACAGACAAAUCAGCAAACAAUAUUGGACGACAUAAUUCCAUGCGAUCAUUAGCUGCAUCUUCACGACCAACUAAUUUAUCACGAACUACAAGUGUUCGACAAGAUAGAGAUUCUGGAUUAUUUUCUAAGGCAUUAGGUUAUAUGUUUGGUUGGUCAUAG